AGGUUGGACUUCAGACCAUGUCGCUUCAAUGGCCAGCGGCCGAGGCGCCGCAGAGCAACGGCAAGAUGUGAGGGCUUCGUUGUACAAAGUAUUUGUACUUCAGAGAAAGCAAAAUGAGUGUUCAAGACAGCGAAGCCGUGUUCCAGCGCAUACCGUGGGCAGCGGCACUGUUGAACCAACCGGACAUAGUCUGCGCUCCGGUUGGGUCUCGCGUCUCCCGAGAUGGCAAAGACUCCCUCUACGCAGAGACGUUGAAGACGAGUCGAACCAUCGCGAACUGCGUCUCCAUAUACAAACGACCUUCCGAGACAGACACUAGCAUCGACGAAGUAUCAACCUUGUUGCUCAUCGGAGACGGACUAGAAGGUCAUGCCAAUAUCAUGCAUGGAGGCAUUGUUGCCACGAUCCUCGAUGAAGGCAUGGGCAUUCUGCAAGCUACCAACCUAGACUGGGAGUACUCGAAAAAGGCCAGUAAAGGCCUGACGAAUGGUGAGCUGGCACCUACUGGUAGCGGCACGUUCACCGUCUUUCUAAAUAUCAAGUAUCUGGCGCCUGUGCGGACGCCCGGUAGCCUUGCCGUCACUGCCAAGUAUGUGAAGAAGGAAGGCCGCAAGGAGUGGAUGCAGGCGGAGAUCAGGCAGUUUGGUGAAGGCGACGGGGGUAAGGAGAUCGUGUGCGCUACCUGCGAGGCGCUUUUCGUUAGACCCAAGUCGAGCAAACUCUGAUUGAGAGGAUCUGCUCGCCUCAAUGAUUGUUUACGUUUCAGUGGACACCUUGCCCAUUCCCGCAAUUGGGUGUCUUUGCUACGCGAAACUCUCUCGAAUAUUGGCAAGACGGCAGCAUCAUGCAGAGGGACCGGACUGCUCAGCA